UAGUGGGGGGAAGUAGAGGGAACGAGGGAACGACAGAAUUAAUUAGAUACUUUGCUGCUGUUUGCUGAUCAUACUUUGCUACACUUUUCGUAACGGUGAUAUGUACUCUUGAUAGUAAAUUUUAACAGAAUCCUUUUUGCAAAUUGAACAUUUCUCAGCUCCGUUAAUUAACGAUUGAUUAAAAGAAAAUGGCACCGCGUACAGAAGCGUUACCAAAAGAAGCUGUGGAACUUCCAAAUGAUAUGCCUAGCGCUGGUAUUAAAGCAGUUUUAUUAGGUCCACCUGGUAGCGGCAAAGGUACACAGGCACCGCUACUGAAGGACCGAUAUUGUGUAUGCCAUUUAUCUACAGGUGACAUGCUCAGGGCAGAAAUCAGUUCAGGAUCCAAAAUUGGUAAAGAAUUGAAAAAAGUAAUGGACGAAGGUAAAUUGGUCAGUGAUGACAUGGUAGUCAACAUGAUUGAUAGCAAUCUAGAUAAACCUGAAUGUAAACGUGGCUUUUUGCUGGAUGGGUUUCCAAGAAGCGUUCCUCAAGCUGAGAAACUGGAUGAAAUGUUGAAGAAGAGACAAACUAAGUUGGAUGCUGUGAUAGAAUUUGGAAUUGACGACAGUUUAUUGAUAAAAAGAAUCACAGGUCGUUUAAUACAUCCAGCGAGCGGUAGAUCGUACCACGAAGAAUUUGCUCCUCCUAAAGUACCUAUGAAGGAUGAUGUAACGGGGGAGCCAUUAGUUAAAAGAUCCGAUGACAAUGCAGAAGCAUUGAAGAAACGGUUACAAACAUAUCACAUACAAACUCAACCAUUAGUUGAUUAUUAUGCUUUACGAGGUAUUCAUUACUAUGUUAAUGCAGCCCAAUCCGCUAAAAACGUAUUCAAGGACAUUGAUCGCAUUUUCUUGAAUGCAACUAAGCAAGAAAAGAAGAAAAGCUUCUUUGGUUGGUUCUCUUAAAAGCGGGAAGCGCUAUGAUUCAUUUUUCUCUUUUGAACGAUAGGGGCAAUGUGUAGUUAAUUGAAGAACGUCUUAUAAUCAGAAUAAGUCUUAGCAAAACUUAGUCUGUAGUUAUAACAUCUUCGAUUCGAAAGCAAUUUGCACUGCUUUUAAUUGACAUAAUAUGUAUUUUUCUUUUUAAUAACUAACGUAGAGUAUGUCCAAUAGUAUGUGUAGUAAGGGGGAAAUAAGCGGAACAAUAUUGCAUCAAUUUAAUUGCAAAUGAACGUAUGAGUCGCAAAUGUGCGGAUAUAAGUCAGCAAGUUAAAUGCACACAUUUUAUUAAUAAUUUUUACUUUGAUUUGUAAUUAGUAUAUAUGAGAAGUGACGUAUUUGUAUAUAUUGGAAAACAUCUAUUUGCAUUUUUAUUACUUUUAAUCUUGUUCCUUAGAUAUAUAUAUUUCUUGAAAUACUGUAAUAAUUGUUGCACAAAAUAUAAAUACUUACCAUUUCCUACACUUUUUUAAACUUAAGAUUUAUUUCAUAAUUUUUUGAUACAAUGAAGCAUUUUAAUGCCUUUGAGAUGUAAUGCUUCAUUUUUAUAUACGCACACACCGUCUAUUUUUUACUCUAUUAAUUGCAUAAUAUACAAACUAAUGAAUUAUGUAUGGGAGUAGGUGAUAAAUACAAAUAUUGUAAUAUAUAUUACGUACAUAUAUCGAAUUCGUUGAAAUGCCUAUACAAUUUUGGACAUAGUUUUACAAAACGGUUUUUAAAUGAAAUGCAAUGUAUGUUGAAAACUAUUUUCCGCAAGUGAAAGUGACUCAAAUAUUAUAUAUUCUGAUACGGUGGUUCCCGUCUGUAUAUCUUAUUGUAAAUAUUUGAUGAGAAAAAUGAAAUUUACAUUCGAACGCAAAAUAAAAUUCCUAGUGCACUGACAUCA